UCGGCGCGCGCUAUACAUUCGCCUAUCGAUAACCAUGAAACGGCUCGGGGUUUCAUUGAGCAAUCCGCAAAUAAAGUAAAUAUAAAAAUGCUGCUCACACGUUUUCCUGUUUUCAGUUUAUAAACAUGACAUGAACACGAACCCACUGGUGUUCGCAUUUCUGUAGAAAAUGCCGGUUGCGAUUCACGUUACUUUUUAGUUUUCGAACAUGUUGAACGUAUGCUACUUGCUUCUCGGCAUCGCUGCGUUCCUUUUGAUUUUGUACUUCUUUUUCGAGUUGCAUUAUUUUUUUCGCGCCUUACUGUGCUUGAUCAGUGGCAGAUUUUUCAAGAAACGAUGCCACAUUUUGGAUGAAACCACCAUCAAAGGUGUUUGCCUGUCCAAUGAUGUGGAUUCGCUGCUGGAUCACAUGAACAAUGCCCGCUAUGUGCGAGAGCUGGAUUUUGCAAAAAUCGACUUUUACGAGCGCACCGGCCUCUACAGCAAAUUGGUGGCCAAAGGGGGCUCACUGUUUGCGGGAGCCACCACUAUUCGAUACAGGAGAUUUAUAAAAAUAUUUACCAAGUAUCGCAUCACUACACAGGUGAUCUACUGGGACAAUCAAAACAUUUUUAUCGAGCACCGAUUCAUCACGAAUCGUAGUUUUGUGAACGCAAUCGCCUUGUGCCGUAUCAGGCUGGUGAAUGUGGAUGCCGACGAAUUUAUGAAAGACAUGAUGUUAAAUCUGCCGAAACAGGUGGCCGAUGUGGAACCCGCCCGCAAGCAGAAACCGACCAUGCCGCCCGAACUGGAAAAGUGGAUGGAAAGCAACCAGAUUUCCAGUCUACGCCUGAGAGAGAUGGAUAAGAUUGAAAACAGUGUCGAAGUGUGCAAUGUUUGAGUGCCUGCGGCGCCGCUGCAGCCAUACAUUUAAUUAUACAGUAGUAAUAGGUGAAUACAGUUUAGUGGCCAGUCUG